AUGUCAGUAGUGUAUGGAGAUAUCUGCCCAAGCUAUGAUGUGGUCAGAUAUCGAUGCAAGCGAUUCAAAUGUGGUAACAUGUCCAUUGAAGACAACCCUCGAGAAGGUCGCCCUGUCUCAGCCGUGACUGAAGACAAUGUUUCAAAAGUCAAGAAGAUUGUGCUGAAUGACAGGCGCGUUACUCUCGGACAACUUUGUGCAGAAACUGAAACUGGCUUGAGCUAUGGAUCUGUUGAGACAAUUCUUCAUGGCCUUUUGAAUUUGUCGAAAGUGUCUUCAAGAUGGGUGCCGCGUCUCUUUACCCCUCAUCAAAAAGAACACAGAGCACAGUGCAGUCAGCAAAUGAUUGACAUGUUUGAUGAAGAUCCUGACAACUUUUUGACCGUUUAG